AUGACUUUGGUGGUGCGAGCUCUCAGGAACUUCUGGCCCUCGUUGAUUCUCAAAGCAAAUGAUUGUGCUGUUGGAUCUACAAGCCUUGCUUUCUCAAAGAAUCCAAAAGCUUGUGUGGGGAGUGAAAGAUUGAACCUUUUAUCUGCUUCAAGCAGGCAGCAACAACAAGAAGAUCCAAUAAGGCUUACGAUAUUCAACUGGGUGCAGAGGAGGUUCAAUCAUACCGUCCUCAAAGAUGGGCCGUCUCGAAGUGUUAAGAAGACUGAUGGCAUUGUGAUCGACACAGAUACAAAGGCUUUGCUCGAGCAGGUACCCCUGGUUGACGUGCUCGAUGGCAUUCUAACAAUUGGUACCUUCGGUUUCGAUCCUCUGAAAUUACCCUGGGGUGAACAGAAAUCCUGCUUCGCCUCUGAAAGCGAUGAUGAACAAGGGGAGGAAGAACAACACUCCGAUAACGAAGACUACAGUGAUAGUAAUGAAGAAGAGAAUCCACUGAUGUUAAGCAGUUUCGACCACGGUUUCAAGGACAUGACUAUGACGGUUAAUCCGGCUUCUGAGGGGUCUACAAAUGAUGAAAUCAGGACAAAAUUGGAUGCCAUUGAGGGACAUUCUGGGAUGGUGAGAAGAAGAACGACACUGGCCGACCUAUUCUCCGAGGAUUCUGAUUCCAGCAUGAAAAAGAAGCCGAGCUCUCUUGAAUCGGACUCGAAUUGUAGCAGAAAAGGAUCAGUUCGUACAAAACAGGGCCUUUCUUUCUCUAAGAAACUCAUUCCUCAAGUUGGAGAGCAUUCGCGCCCCAUCAAAAUGCUAAACCAAGUGACUACGAUGAGGAGAAUGUUGAAGAAGAAGAUCCACCCAGAGUUUGGAGGCAGGGGAAAUAAAUUAAACAAGCAAUGUAGCAAGAAGAAGCAUGAAGCCAGUGAAUCAGCUUAUCUGCUUGAACAAUCUCCAGGUACUGCUACAGCUUGA